GGACAGUGGUCCUCCAUGGCGCUCUCACUGCAGGCUGUUGGUAUGAUCUUGGUCAUGGGUGUCUGUAGCUUUAUGAGCUUUGUGUCUGGUUGUGGUAGUGAAGCUGGAGGAUGGAGGAUGUUGCUCUUUGCUCUUCUACAACGGGUAGCGGAAUUGGAAAAGGUCAACGCAGAAUUUUUGCGCACAAAGCAGCAACUUGAGCAAGAAUUUAAUCAAAAAAGAGCGAAAUUUAAGGAGCUGUACUUGGCAAAGGAAGAGGACCUGAAAAGACAAAAUGCAGUGCUGCAGGCAGCCCAAGAUGACCUGGGACAAUUGCGGACGCAACUUAUGGAAGCUCAUGCUGAAAUGGAAAACAUCAAAGCUAUAGCUACAGUAUCUGAGAAUACGAAGCAGGAAGCUAUUGAUGAGGUGAAGAGACAGUGGCAAGAGGAAGUAGCUUCACUCCAAGCUAUCAUGAAAGAGACUGUUCGUGACUAUGAGCUCCAGUAUCAUCACAGGAUGGAACAAGAACGAGCUCAGUGGAAUCAGUAUCGCGAAAAUGUGGAACGCGAAAUAGCAGAGUUAAGAAGACGACUGUCUGAAGGCCAAGAGGAGGAAAAUCUUGAAAAUGAAAUGAAAAAGGCCCAGGAAGAUGCUGAGAAGCUUCGUUCAGUUGUGAUGCCAAUGGAGAAAGAGAUUGCAGCACUUAAGGAGAAGCUGACAGAAGCUGAAGAAAAAAUAAAGGAGUUAGAAGCAUCAAAGGUUAAAGAACUGAACCAUUAUCUGGAAGCUGAGAAGUCCUGUAGGACAGACUUAGAGAUGUACGUGGCUGUGCUCAACACACAAAAAUCUGUCCUGCAAGAGGAUGCAGAGAAGUUGAGGAAAGAGCUGCAUGAAGUCUGCCAUCUCUUAGAGCAAGAGCGACAACAGCACAACCAGUUGAAACACACAUGGCAAAAAGCCAAUGACCAGUUCUUGGAGUCCCAGCGUUUGCUGAUGAGAGACAUGCAACGGAUGGAGAUUGUGCUGACAUCUGAGCAGCUUCGGCAGGUCGAAGAACUGAAAAAAAAAGAUCAGGAAGAAGAUGAUCAGCAGAGACUUAGCAAAAGAAAGGAGCAGAAACAGAAAGAUUCAGACGAUGAAACAAAAGCUUCGUGUUCUUUAGCCCAUGAGGAAUCCCUUACCCAGCUCUCUAAUGAAGAGGUGCAUUUAAAUAGCACCCACAGCUCAGUCCAUUCUUUGGACGCAGACUUGCUUCUUUCUUCUGGUGAAUCAUUCAAUAAAUCAGAAAAUGAUAUGUUUAAAGAUGGACUACGGAGAGCACAGUCAACAGACAGCCUAGGGACAUCUGGAUCUUUGCAGUCCAAAGCUUUAGGAUACAACAACAAAGCAAAAUCUGCUGGGAACCUGGAUGAGUCAGAUUUUGGACCACUCGUUGGAGCAGAUUCAGUGUCUGAGAACUAUGAUACAGCUUCCCUUGGGUCUCUGCAAAUGCCUAGUGGGUUUAUGUUGACCAAAGAUCAGGAGAAAGCAAUCAAAGCAAUGACACCAGAGCAAGAAGAGACUGCUUCACUUCUAUCCAGCGUUACACAAGGAGUUGAAAGCGCGUAUGUGUCUCCUAGUGGUUACCGCUUGGUGAGCGAGACAGAGUGGAAUCUGCUGCAAAAAGAGGUGCAGAAUGCAGGGAACAAGCUGGGUAGGCGCUGCGAUAUGUGCUCGAAUUAUGAGAAGCAGUUGCAAGGUAUCCAGAUUCAGGAGGCUGAAACAAGAGACCAGGUGAAAAAGCUGCAGGUGAUGCUGAGGCAGGCUAAUGACCAGCUGGAAAAAACAAUGAAAGAUAAACAGGAAUUGGAGGAGUAUAUGAAACAAAGUGCUGAAGACUCCUCUAAUCAGAUCUCUGCGCUAAUGGUUAAAUGUCAGAAGUCAGAGAAUUUCCUCAAUGAACUGCAGCAGGCGUUUUCUCAAGCAAAGAGAAGCGUGCAGGAGCAAAUGGCUGUCCUGACGCAGUCAAGGGAGCAGGUUUCAGAAGAGUUGGUGAGACUGCAGAAAGAUAAUGAAAGUCUUCAAGGAAAACAUAGCUUACAUGUGUCUUUACAACAAGCUGAAGAUUUCAUUCUACCAGAAGCAGCAGAGGAGCUCCGGGAGCUGAUUUUAAAGUAUCGUGAAGACAUCAUUAGUGUGCGGACAGCAGCAGAUCACCUUGAGGAGAAACUUAAGGCAGAGAUUUUAUUCUUAAAAGAACAGAUUCAAGCUGAACAAUAUUUGAAAGAAAACAUAGAAGAAACUCUACAGCUGGAAAUAGAGAAUUGCAAAGAGGAAAUCGCUUCCAUUUCCAGUUUAAAAACUGAACUGGAAAGAAUAAAAGCGGAGAAAGAACAGUUAGAAAGUUCUUCACAGGAAAACCUGCAGCAGCUGGAGAGUCUGCAGGAAACAAAAAACACUCUGGAAGAACAGCUGAAGAAGGAAACAGCAGCAAAGGCAAACCUUGAACAGCUGGUGUUUGAAGAGAAGAAUAAAGCUCAGAGGCUGCAGACUGAAUUAGAUGUCAGCGAGCAAGUGCAGAGAGAUUUUGUAAAGCUUUCUCAGACACUUCAGGUGCAGCUGGAGCGGAUCCGGCAGGCAGAUUCCCUGGAGAGAAUCCGUGCAAUCCUGAAUGACACAAAACUGACGGACAUUAAUCAGCUUCCUGAAACAUGACACCCUGAUGAGCGUGCUCCAAGGCUGCAUUUGGGGUUUUUAACUCAUCUUUAUAGCAACAUUAAUUAUUAUUUAACUCUAACUGAAAGAGCAGAAGACAACAGAGGGGAGCAAUGACUAAGUUUUGUUUCUAGAGGGGAAAAUGGUUUCGUGCUGGGCAGGAAGAGAGCACAAGAGUGACUUGUUGUGUAGGAAGGAGAACUUUCUAAUGGAAACACUAACGGGUGCGGUGUUUCGUGUUCCACUGAGUGGGAUCAGUCCUUACAUUCUGAAAAACUUCCCCUCUUUCAGCCAACUUCGUAACCUGAUGUAGAAUUUUGGAACAUUUACCCCUGUUUUUUUCCCUUCUUCCUUUCCCCCCACUACUGUGAUCAAAGUAGCUGCUGGAAACCAUAUUGUCCCUCCAAAACAUUGAAGAGCAAAGUGGUUGAAGUUUUUCUGUUUGAAUAGUCAGUAACAGUAUUCAGCUAGCAGAGAGAAUGAGGUGUAGAGUAUGCUGUAUGAAUAUUUUAUAUUAAAAUAUGACUUUAUUAGCAGGACACUGGAUAUUGAUCUUAUUUCAUAACUCAGUGUUGUAUUAUUAUUAUUUUUUUUUAGCCAUUGACUUUGUGUUGAAGAAUCUGAAUGCUGCUGAAAUGUGGUUGUGAGUGAGCUGUGUGUCUCCUGAACAGAUAAAUGCCAAUCCCCAAAACUCUGAAAGCUGUACUAAGAACGUAGCUCCUUGAAAUGCUUCCUUUGAAUUCUGAUCCAUAAGAAAAGCACAAGAAAUGCACUGUUUUGUAAUCUCUUUUCACAGAUGUAAUUUAAAACGUGGAAUUACAACUAGAUCUUUCUCAUCUUGAAAGCUGUGCAGUACCUGUAAUUCCUUCUCCAUGUGAAGAAAAUAUGUUGGCAAAAACCCUGAGCAUUGUCUGAGCGCUGGGUGUGUGCAGGGCAGCUUUGCUCUGGUAGGUGGCACCAGGCAUGGUUAGAGUAAGAUGUUGAACAAAGCAAAGUCAGCUUGACCCUCCUCUUCUGGGUCAGUUUUAAUAGUAUACUAAACAAUGAUGGCACUCUGUCACAGAGCACAAAUGCACUGGAGCUGCAUUAUUCUGCUGGUUCAGGUUGGAAGAGUGCAGUGCAUCUCUUACCUAGAAGUAUGGCAUUGUGUUAUUGCUCAGAGUUGAUUUGUAUGCUGUCCUGUAUUUCUGUAAGCAUGCCUUUAAAUUACGCUAUAUAACACAACAGCUAAGGCAGGACAUUCUUGUGAUUGAUCAGAUUUUAGGUUUGGGAUUUAUUUUGAUCAGUAACAUGAUGGUAACAUAAGCAUUCCUCCUUUUUCUCCUUUUAGUGGAGUUUCAUGCACGCAGUUGAAUAGGAACAGUUCAAUGUGUGGAUGUGGUGAUAGUGGUGGUGCAUAUUGAGUUCUUGAACUAGUCCCUAGCAAAGACUCAAUUUGAAGAGACUGAGAGAGCAGCUUGUUAAUGUCCAGAAUUCAUAACUUAAGCUUUCUGCUAUUGUUUACUGUGUUAUCUUUGCAUACUAUAGAUCUGGUGAAGAUGAAAAAACAGAAGUGACAGAGAAUGCUCUGUACUGUAAUGCACAUGAGUAUAUUUUGUUAGGUACUUAAAUGCUAUUUUAGCAGCAUAUGUCCUGCUACUAACAUAAAGUUAGGACUGGUGGUUUUGGAGAGGAAUGCCUUAAAAACAGACAAAAAGAAGCAUAUGAGCUCAGUUGCUUAUAAUCUUUUGCAAGAAAUAGAGCAUUUGAUUCACCCUAGAAAUUAAUUUCUUUCAUAAUCCUAACACUUCAAACCCAUUUUUCCUACCUUAUUAACAACAAGAGUAAUAGAUGGCAGGGUUGUCAUCUUCCAGAGGACCUGUUCAAUCCUUAUAUUAUUUAAAAGAAGUUGAAAUGUGACUUAGCUUCCUUAUUUUUGGUUUUUAAAUCUCUCUCAGCAUUUACUGAACUGUGAGGUGACAGCAGCUGCCUUCUGAUGCAGAAAUCUAAUAGCAGAUGUUUUGCAUUCAGUUUUCCAACGGUUAGGAUUGUAUUCUGUUGAAUAAAAAUCUUGGGUGGGCUAAGAUAGGCCUUUAUUAAGGAGCUGCAGACUGGAAGGCUUUUUUCCUAUAUUCUCUUCCUUCCAUAAAACUGACUCUUAACGGGUUACUGGUUGUUAACCUGUGCAGCAGUGAUUUAAGGAAGCCUGUUGUUUUCUGGUUAAACUACAAUGACAACAUGCAUCUUCUGAGCAAGCUGAACACUUGAGGGACUGUACCUGAAGACAUGCAGAAAAAGAGUUUUUAGUUGAGUCUGUGGACAGUUUUUCAAAUGCAAGACAACUGUUAAUGGCAUUUCAGCAUCCCUUUCUAGUCUGUCAGUGCCUAUCAGCAGCAGCCCCGUCUUCCUGCCUGCUUUUGCCUUCCCCUGAACCAUGGCCAUGCCUGACCAUUUUUGAUUGCUUUGGAUUGUGCAGGGCUGGUGAGGCUGUUCCGUAGUGAAUUUUUACCAAUGGUUGGCCUGGCUUUCUGUAGGCAUGGUGAUGUCAGUUUGCAGGUGAUGAUGGCUGCAGGGAGCCUUUCUGCACUGUACAGAGUGCAGGAGAUCAGUCUGUGAACAUUCAUAGACACAGUAACGAUUACAGCAGUUGCAGAAUGUUGUGCACCUGUGUGUGUGUGUCCGUAUGCAUGCUCGUGUGUUGUUCCCAGUGGCCAGUGAUGGCCUGUAGGCCUGUUCUGAGGCUGGAGGUGAACACUGUAGGGCUCAAAAGGGACUAAUGAGCACUCACCUGAAAUGAGUGGUGCUGGCUGCUGGGUUCCUUGGUUGUGAACCAGUCCCACGUGUCACUGGAGUGACGUCCUUUGGGUUGGAGAGGAAGGAGAUACAGCCAUGGUGUGAUUGUUUUCCUUUGUACCACCUUACUCCAUUGUGCACCCUUACUCCUGCUUUAGUACUGUGACCAUUUUGAGGCUGGAAAAUGAAUUAUCUUUUUUCACCAACUGCUGGUCAUCCUUUUUGAAAAUUGACUUUAAGAUUAGAAACUUAUCCAUCCACAAAGUGGUGGGUGAUGCCACAACCAAAUGUCCUGCUGGGGAAGGAAAGCACGGCUUCAGAGGUGGUAACUCAAGCUUCAGCUGAACGCAAAUGUAAGAAAAUAUACAAAGUGGCCUUUAAAAGAAAAAAUACAAGUGCCAAAUUUGCAGAGCACUUAUUAAACCACUGUCAAUGAAGUGUAAUUGAAAAUUCAUGCUGUAAAGCUGUAGAUGCUCACUCAGUGGAUUAUGAUGAUAUUGCUUAUAAUAAAUCAGAGACUAAACACUCUUCCCUCCAGUUCUUGGCUUUCUGGAGCUUGUUUUUUGAAUGGGGUGGAAGGUUCUCCUCACUCGGUACGAGUUUGUGUUUUUUAACAGCUGCUCCUUCUAACCCGGCAGCUCAGCUCUGAUACACAGGUUGAGUGGAUUAGAAAGCUGGAUUCUAUUUGUGCAGCCUGUAAAAGGGGCAAGAUCAAGUUUUGUAUGCAUUCCUAUACUUGUAUAGUCUUAAUCUGUACAAAAAAAAAGUGUUCUUGCAGCAUGUAUGGUAACCUAGUUACCUAACAGGUAAUAACAGCCCUCCUUUCCUUACAGCUUUACUUUGGCACCUCUUGCCGUGCCACUUUUGUAGCAGUGCAGUACUACUUUUCAAAACUGAGCUUGACCGUGUCACCUUUUGAAAGGGGCAGUGUGGGGCAGAGGGGGAGGAACAAGAAUUACCUAUUGUCCAGGAAAGUUUGUCUACAGCAGAUAAUUGGCCUUUUAAUGUCAAGACGAUGCCAGCUUUUGAUAAAGGCAAACUGAGUGUUUGGAAGUUAAUACUGCAUUCCAGUGAACCAAGCCAUUGGUGUCCUGUGCAAUUGUGGAUGUAGAAUUCUGCUGUCUACAGGAUUCAAGUGUAACCAUUUGUUAACUGUAUUGAAGGUGUGUCCUUUAUAAAGAAAGUGUUCCCAA